AUGGAGCUACUCUGCUCCUGGAGAAGGGCGACCACGUCUAUGUCACACUCCAUGCCCACUCCACGGUCUACGCUGCUGCUGCUGCUGCUGCUGCUACUCUCCAUAUCGUUUACACUGGCCCUAGACAAGAAAGCAGAGAAACAGCAAGAGAACAGCAUCACCGGCGACGAGGUGGUGCAGGUAACACCACCACAGCACCAGGCUGAUGAGAUCGAUACACAUUCAUGCUAUCCAGACAUGUGUGUCAUCAUAGCAGAACUCAGUGCCAUGCAGACCAGACUGGCAGCAGCAGAGACACACAUGCAGGAGCUGAAGAGAGAAAACACUAUUCAAGCACUAGAGAUCCAAGCUCUGAAGCGCCGGUCAAACUUCACAGAGGCUGAGCUGAGAGAACACAGCCGACUGCUGGAGGAACUGAGCAGAGGGAAUGUAGCAUUUUCUGCCUCUGUUGGGGGUAGGGGACACACAGGUCCAUAUGAUGUAGAAACCACUCUAAAGUACAAGAAUGUCCUCGCUAACAUAGGCAAUGCCUAUAAUCCAGCCACAGGGAUAUUUGUUGCCCCAAUCAGAGGAAUUUACUAUUUCAACUUCUGCUAUCAUGCUAGCCAACAGAAUGGGGCAGCAAUUGCCUUAUACAAGAAUAGUGAAUUGGUAGCCUCAGCUUCAAGUCAUGAUACAGACACCAAUAGCCCUGUGAACGGAUCUAAUGGCGUUGCAUUGCAGCUGGAGGAGAUGGAUCAGGUUCAUCUACGUUCAAAUUCUUGGGUUUGGGAUGGACCAUACCAUGAUACUGUGUUCACGGGAUUUCUGGUCAACAAUUUUUGAUGUAGACAAAACUUUAUUAAAAAAAAAAAAACCUUGAUUUGUUUGUCAA